AUGGAGGGAGGAGAAGUUGCUGCUUUCGAGCCGCUGCCGCUGGAAGAACGGCUGGGCCGGCUUGAGACGGGCGUCGAGCUCUGGGGCGCGACGUACGUGCCGCCGAUCGCGCCGGAGGAGAUGCGGAGGCUGACGGACAAGUGGACCGCCGUCGGCGCGGUCUCCGGCGCUGCCGCCGCCGCCGCCGCUAGGGGCGAUAACAAAACAGACAACAACACGUCGACGGCGGCUACUACUGUUGAAGCGCCAAGCAUCCUGUUCGUCGUUACCUCGUUCGACCGCGGGCGGAGGCUCGGGCGUAGGGGGAAGGGUGUGGACAAGCUGAACUACGUGUUGAUGAUCAUGGACGAGAUCAGAGGGGCUUGCGAGGCGGGAUUUUCACCGCACGUGCACCUGAUAUCAGCUUGGGAAGCGCAGCCGGAGGUUGAGCUCUUCACGGACCGGCUGUUGUGCCGCAGAAUAGGGGGGCCCGUGACGCUGACCCUGGAGGAGCACCCCCCCAGCAUAAAGGAGGCGCUGAGCAUCAAGCACCGAAUCUAUAUGAAGCCGAGAGUCAGGGAGUACGACUUGUUCGUUCAGCUGGAGGACGACAUGAUCUUGACGGUGAACCACAUCCUCAAGUACCUGGAAGAAUCGGAGAAACUGUCGCUCAGAAACAUCGGUACCAGGCCGCGCGCAAUGCCCAUGCACGACUACAUGCCGGGCUUCGUUCGCGUUGAGCCGGAGCCAGGGGCGACCGGGGUAGGGGGUGAAUGGUUCGAGUGGGAGAUCAUCCUCAGCAGGUUUCGGGGAGUACACGUGGUGGGAGCAGGCACGUACCUGGGCCUUGAGAAGUCGAGGGUGCUGCCGUUCAGCGGAAACAACCAGGGCUUUUGGAUGGCGACGCAGGAGCAGCUCAAGUACCUCUGUCGGCAGUGCCAGUACCUGAGAUACACCGGCCAGUCGUCCGUUCCCUUCGUGGAGAAGUUCAGCGGCAGCCUCGAGAUGUUUUCCCCGCCGUGCCACACCACCAAGGUGUUCCCCGCGGAGCGUUUCGAGAAUUUUCUUGUGCACCACCGGACCAACAACAAGAACGGAAAGAGGGGAGAAUCAACCCCGGCUGUGUCCGUCAGCAUGCUCCGGCUGUGGGCGGCCCAGGUGGUGCGGGACGAUGAGAUGUUGAUGGAGGUCGGGCAAACCGGCCGACGAUGACCAAGCUGCAUGGCAACCGUGGGAGUACCGUACCGUCGUACCAUGGUAUCUACCAUCUGUCUGUAUGGUCCUAUGGUACCGUUUUGUGUUGGUGCCUUCACACGUCGCCUGUGGCCCGAGAACCAAGCUGCUGGUCGAGGGAGGGUGGUAUCUAGCCGCCGACAAUCCAAUUUUCUUCCUCGGAAAAAAACAGGCGAACGGAGAUACGGUAACAGCACCACCCCUAAGACCGUCAUUCGCUGUCUGUCACGUGCGCGCACACGCACACUUUUCCAAGUGUUGCCUGUAUACAGGGGUCGUGUGUAAGAAUCGAGGGGAGGGGGAAAAAAAAGCGUAAUUAAUUCUCGUUUGUCUUGAUUAAUCGUUGUUUUUUUGUCGGUCUGUGUGUCAGCAUUUAUAGUGGUGGCGUUUCGAUAAGGUACAGAGCUGGAUCACGAGGGGCGUCGACGGAGUCGAUAGAAUGCGUGUGUGCGUUUAGAAUGCGCGGAGGGCUGGAAUACCGGCCGCCGAUAGACCCCCCCCCCCCCCCCCCUGCCCGACGGUGUACAAUACGUUAAGAGCUCGAUAACAGACGUCGGUAAGGGGGGUGGAAGGAGGAAGGGAGGAAAACUCCGUGAGCUUGAGUGUCAGUCUACCUUGCGUUGUGACUUGCCGUGGUAUGUUCUAUAUGCGUGAGGUGAGCUGCCCCUUUCUAACAGGUGCAGAAACGUCCCAUGUGGAUUUCAGAUUUGCCGCACAUCAUCUGGAGAGAGGGGAGGGGGGUGAUUUAUUACGAUGUUCGUCAACUGUCGGGGCGACGGGGUUUACAUGUGUGCGUGUUUCGUUGUUGUUCUUUCUCUGCGUGUGCCAGCGGUUUUUGCUUGUGCCGUGGGUCUGUUUUUAAGUUUCGUGUACGAGGGGGCGGGGGGUUCUUCUGAUGAUAAAACCGUCGCAUCACUAUGCUUCAUGAAACGGAGCUCUGCUGCUGUAUGGGGUUUCCACCUCAUGGGCAGGCGCCACACCGAGGGCUCGUGUGAAGGGGUGGCGGGGGGUGGGGCGGGGCCGACCAUGCUGUUGACGGAGCCCCUCCGAAAGCAAGAGAGAACCUGGACAGUCACUGGACAGGGGUCAACACGCAGCAGCUGUACGUAGAUAUCGUCUCACACACUCGUUGACGUAGGCUUUUGUCUCUCGGUUGGUGUAUUGUGUUCGUGUCGCCCUGACCAUUGAUGUGUUCGGCAGACGGAUGUGGGAUGUGCGUUCCUUUCCCAGCAUCUAUCGAUCGGGUCAUUUGUACCCUAUGUUCUAUUGUGGUGGCUGGUCAUUUCGUUGUCUGCUGUCGUCGGUAGGAGUUCUUGUCGUUGUUUCUUGCAUUACUUGUGCUGUCGAGUGGUGCGUGGUAGUCAGGCCGAGGAAAACCUAACGGGGCUGGAUGCGAAUGCCGCAGUCCUACUACUGCUGUGGUUUUCUUAUGUUUUUCUGUUCCGAGCACACCCUCCGCUUGGAACGAACACGUUGUGGGUGAGCUGAGGUCGUGGUCGUGGUGGUAGUUUGUGCAUUGGCAAGCUGGUUUAUUUUACUAAACAGGUGCCGUGCGCGGUCGGCCUCUUCUUGGUCUCUGGAUUGAUCUGUCCAUCCUCGUUGAAAGUUUGCGUGGUGGAGGUGCCCCGCUCGUGCAUGAUUGUCUUGCGCGCGGGCCAGUGUUCUUCCCUUUCCCAGCUUGAGGGACCAAUAUAUUCACUGUCCGAUCGUUUGUGUGAAUCGUGUUUGCAUGCAGCACAAUACGUGCCUGGGGUUCCCUAGUCUAGUCGUUUGUCGAAAGGAAGCAUCAUCGGUCGCUCUCCCCGUUCUUGCUCGUGGAACAAAAAUGUGGCAGAAAGAGAUUACUGUAGGUGGUUUGAGAGCGCCAUAGAGGCCUCCCGGCGGUUAUGUCCGUGCGAGGUGUGUAUGUGCAGCACAGCGGUGUGAGAGGGUAGUGGUGGGUGCGUUGGGUGAUGUAUCUGUUAAAGGUUUUGCUAAGUUGGAAUGACGCGUUUGUUUUUUAUUAUAUCCGGUACAUGUUCUGUGGGGAUGUUUUGCGGACUUGAGUUUGUUU